AUUCGUAAAUUCGUAAGGUUCCGUUCGUUUUCAGAAACCUUUUCCCCAAAUUCGUAUAAUUUUGGGGGCUUAACACCCAAACCCUAAUCCCCAAAUUCCCUGACCUUCUCUUCACUUCAUCCACAACAAUGGGAUCCUCCGCGAUGGUUUUAGACCCAAAACCCGUCUCAGAACCGCCACCAUCCCUUCCAUCAUCAAAAGCCGACUACCUUUACGGCGGAGACUCAGCCUCCGACGAAGAUGACCUCUACAGCCGCCUUAAAUCGCUGCAACGACAACUCGAGUUCAUUGACAUCCAAGAGGAGUAUGUAAAAGACGAGCAGAAGAAUCUGAAGCGCGAGCUUCUUCGCGCUCAGGAGGAAGUUAAGAGGAUUCAAUCUGUUCCACUCGUUAUCGGUCAGUUCAUGGAGAUGGUUGAUCAGAACAACGGUAUUGUUGGAUCAACUACUGGAUCUAACUACUAUGUGAGGAUUCUCAGUACUAUCAACCGUGAACUUCUUAAGCCUUCUGCUUCGGUUGCUCUUCAUCGACAUUCUAAUGCACUUGUUGAUGUUCUUCCGCCGGAAGCUGAUUCCAGUAUCUCGCUCCUUAGCCAGUCUGAGAAGCCUGAUGUUUCUUACAAUGAUAUUGGAGGAUGUGAUAUCCAAAAACAGGAAAUUCGUGAGGCUGUGGAGUUACCUCUCACACAUCACGAUUUAUACAAGCAAAUUGGUAUUGAUCCUCCUCGAGGUGUUUUACUAUAUGGCCCCCCUGGAACUGGUAAAACAAUGCUUGCCAAAGCUGUUGCUAAUCAUACCACUGCUGCCUUCAUCAGGGUCGUGGGCUCUGAGUUUGUGCAGAAGUAUCUUGGCGAGGGUCCACGAAUGGUUCGUGAUGUAUUUCGUCUCGCAAAAGAAAAUGCCCCUGCAAUUAUAUUUAUUGAUGAGGUUGAUGCAAUAGCCACUGCUAGGUUUGAUGCCCAAACUGGAGCUGAUAGAGAAGUACAACGUAUCCUCAUGGAACUUUUGAAUCAGAUGGAUGGAUUUGACCAGACAGUGAAUGUCAAAGUCAUAAUGGCAACCAAUCGAGCAGACACUUUGGAUCCUGCCCUCUUGCGUCCUGGAAGACUUGAUCGAAAAAUUGAGUUCCCCUUGCCCGAUAGACGCCAAAAGAGGCUUGUAUUUCAGGUUUGCACAGCCAAAAUGAAUUUGAGUGAUGAGGUUGACCUGGAGGAUUAUGUUUCCCGUCCCGACAAAAUUAGUGCUGCCGAGAUAUCUGCUAUUUGUCAAGAGGCGGGAAUGCACGCCGUUCGUAAGAAUAGAUAUGUCAUACUGCCAAAGGACUUCGAGAAAGGUUAUAGGACCAACGUGAAGAAGCCCGAUACUGACUUUGAAUUUUACAAGUGAUGAUGAGGGUUUUUUUAAUUUGUUUGUGUAUGUAUGUGCACGAUUUAUAAUAUAGCUAAAGGGUACACUUCUAGAGUAAUUGUGGGUCAUCAAUAUUCAAGAGAAAUGAUAAUUUAUUUGUUUUUGAUACUUGCAUAUUUCUCACAAUUCAGAUUAAUUGACUUACCGAUUAGAUUUAUUGUGUCAACUUAAUGUUGAGUA